CACCUCCUUCCUUACUUCUAUAUAAUCCAACCCCUCCCCUCGUCUCCUCAUCGCUCAAUUGAUUCUAAGCCUUCUCUUUUGAAUUGCAAAUCUCUCAAAUUCAUUCUUCUCAAUCUCCGAUCCCUACUUCCCUUUUAAGAUGCAGAUCUUCGUGAAAACCCUAACCGGCAAGACCAUCACGCUUGAGGUCGAGAGUUCCGAUACGAUCGACAACGUCAAGGCUAAGAUUCAGGAUAAGGAAGGGAUCCCUCCUGAUCAGCAGCGCCUAAUCUUCGCUGGGAAACAGCUUGAGGAUGGUCGGACGCUCGCUGAUUACAAUAUUCAGAAGGAGUCUACCCUUCACCUUGUGCUCAGGCUCCGUGGAGGGAUGCAGAUCUUUGUCAAAACCCUUACCGGCAAGACUAUCACCCUUGAGGUCGAGAGUUCCGAUACAAUCGACAACGUCAAGGCCAAGAUUCAGGACAAGGAAGGAAUUCCUCCAGAUCAGCAGCGUUUGAUCUUUGCCGGCAAGCAGCUCGAGGACGGCCGUACUCUCGCUGAUUACAACAUCCAGAAGGAAUCCACCCUUCAUCUCGUGCUGAGGCUUCGUGGUGGGAUGCAGAUCUUUGUUAAAACCCUAACCGGCAAGACCAUCACACUUGAGGUCGAGAGUUCCGAUACGAUUGAUAACGUCAAGGCUAAGAUCCAGGAUAAGGAAGGAAUUCCUCCAGAUCAGCAGCGAUUGAUCUUUGCCGGCAAGCAGCUAGAGGAUGGACGCACACUCGCCGAUUACAAUAUCCAGAAGGAAUCAACCCUUCAUCUUGUUCUCAGGCUCCGCGGAGGGAUGCAGAUUUUUGUCAAGACCUUAACAGGAAAAACAAUCACUUUGGAGGUGGAGAGCUCAGAUACCAUUGAUAACGUCAAGGCAAAAAUCCAGGACAAGGAAGGGAUCCCUCCUGAUCAGCAGAGAUUGAUUUUUGCCGGGAAGCAACUCGAGGACGGCAGGACCCUAGCAGAUUACAACAUCCAGAAGGAAUCCACCCUCCACCUUGUGCUGAGGCUCCGUGGAGGGAUGCAAAUUUUUGUCAAGACUUUGACUGGGAAGACAAUUACCCUCGAGGUGGAGAGCUCUGAUACCAUUGACAAUGUAAAGGCAAAGAUUCAGGACAAAGAGGGCAUUCCCCCAGAUCAACAGAGGCUUAUCUUUGCAGGGAAGCAGCUGGAGGAUGGGCGUACUCUUGCGGAUUACAACAUCCAGAAGGAGUCUACCCUUCACCUUGUCCUUCGUCUCCGUGGGGGUGAUUUCUAAUAAAUUUUCAGACUUGGCUGCCUAAAUCUGUUUGUGUUUCAUUUGUUUCUGGAUCAAAAAGAAUGUUGCUUUGGUUUUUACUUUUCCUUAUGCUACUGAGUCUAUUUCUAAUGAUCUAUGUACCCAAGUUAAUAUUUAAAUAAAAGUUUGCUGAAAUAAUUUCUAGUCAUAAUGCUCUUGCUUUAUAUUGCUCCUUGAAAGAAUGUGUGAUUGCUUGUUUCAUUUCAGAUAUUGAUGAUAAAAGUGAAUCAAAUGGCUGAUUACAGAUUUUAGAAGAUCGUUGUUACAUUCCUUCUCUUUGUUCUAAAGCUUGCAGGAUUUGGCUGAAAAGUGUCUCCAUUGCUUGUAUAGAUUUUGCUGUUGAUGUCUACCAGAUAUAUUUGAAUGGAUCAAUUAAGCAAGAGUCUGCAUUUUUGUUUAUUAAGCUUGUUCCUUUUAUUAUAAUAUGAAGAGGAUAAGAGCUCCCUCCAAAACUUCCAUGGCUACCUCUUCUCAAGAUUCAACCUAUCUAGCACAUUCAAUUACAUAAUGAUUUUACCAUGAGGAGUUAUUUGUUCUGUGCUCUUCUGUUCUGUUGUUCUUGAGUGAUCCUGUCCUGAUAACAAAGUCAUCUUGUUGAG